AAUGUUAAUUAUGAUGUCAUAAAUACUACCCGAUCCAAAUAUUUGUAAACAAUAACGUUUGUGAUGUAUUAGAGAAGUUAGGAUAGUGAUGUCAUAAUGAGCUUACCCCAACCUUACCACCAACGCCACCAUAGCGCCGGAAACCAAUCGAAACGACGAACUGCUAGCCAGGGAGGAUCACUGGAUGUUGGCGAAACAUCUUCAGGGAGGAGACGACCGGGAUCCGAGUCCGAUGUCCUCGAGUCAAGGGGAGCUGAUGUCACUCUUCGCCACCAGGACUCCCUAAUGUUGGCUUACCAUCAUCGGCCGUCAGUUGUAGCUUCACACAACACAGCACUUGCUGGGUUAAACGCACCCAUACGACAAACGAAGCCAGUUCAUGUUUGGACACAAACGGAGGUUUGUAAAUGGUUGAAACGCCAUCUACCUGAGGACCAAGCUCAUUAUACUGAGUUAUUUGCAUACCAUGAUAUCACAGGCAAAACUUUGCUUGGUUUGAACGAAAUCAAACUAACACGAAUGGGAGUUUGUGAUACUGGACAUAGAAACAAUAUAUUGCAUGAGAUAUUAAAGCUGCAGAUGAAAGAUUACAUGCAAUGUUUCAAAGGGUUGCAGACCGCUGGUAUGUUUGAUAUACAAUGAGGGUUGUGAUGUCAUAGUUGGAAGUUGUGUUGUCAUAGUUGGAAGUUGUGAUGUCAUCGUUGGAAGUUUUGAUGUCAUCGUUGGAAGUUUUGAUGUCAUCGUUGGAAGUUUUGAUGUCAUAAUGAAAGUUGUGAUGUCAUAUUGAAAGUUGUGAUGUCAUAAUGAAAGUUGUGAUGUCAUAUUGAAAGUUGUGAUGUCAUAUUGAAAGUUGUGAUGUCAUAAUGAAAGUUGUGAUGUCAAAUUGAAAGUUGUGAUGUCAUAUUGUGGAUUGUGAUGUCAUAGUGGGGAUUAUGAUGCAAUACUGCCAUAUUUGUUGUAUGUUGUCAUGGUAAUUUCAGUAUUACUUGUUCCGAAUAAAAUUAACGAUAAUUCGAAAA